GUUAACGUGGUAUUGUAAAUGUAGAAGAACAAAAAAAAGAAAAAACGUUUUUGAUUAUUUUCAAUCCGCUGUCGUUUUCUGAAGUGAGUUUUUACUUCCGGACUACAAAUCAAUCCCGGAAGCAUUGUGUUUUGCUACUGCCCACAUGCGUCUUCUCUCUGGUGACUUUGAACACUUGGCCAAACUUUCUCAGCUUGUUCAAAAUAAACACUGCCGCUGUUUAUGUGCUAUAUUUGUUAGCUUAUUUUUGCGCAAAAAUCAAGUUUGAAAACGUUUUUCCUCUCACUCACGAGCACCAAGGGCAAUGCACAACAACUUGGCUCGUUAUUUAAUCUUCUUUCAAUACAUCGGGACUAAAUACAGUGGAGUGGUCAAAGUGCCUCCGCACCAGCUGAAUAAGAAAGGCGUACAAGACCAUUUAGAGGCGGCCAUUUUGAGGCUGAGGCCAGAGAAGCGCGUGUCUCUGUACGUGUCAAGCCGGACAGACACGGGGGUCCAUGCUCUCAGUAACUCCGCCCACUUUGACCUGCAGCGUAAAAACAAGGCUCCGUUCACUGAGGAGGUUCUGCGAGACGCACUUAACUUCCACCUGCAGGAGCAGAGCAUCAGAAUCACUCGUGCAGUUCGCGUGUCUCUGGCCUUCCAUUCACGGUACCAGGCUCAGAGCAGGACGUAUGUGUACAGAGUGGCCCUGGCACCAGACAAGAGCCAGAUCCCUCUGAGCGAGUCAGAGAUCUGCUGGAACCUCUGCACCACGGAGUUGGACAUAGACUCAAUGCGUGAAGCUGCAGCCAUGAUGGAGGGCACUCAUGACUUCAGCAGUUUCAGAGCCAUAAACUCAGACCUGCCGUUCAAAAACCCGGUCAAAACCAUGGACCAGAUCUGCAUUCAGCCUGGGAGCUCAUUCACAAGCAACCACUUCCACAGACAUGUCCCGUUCUGGGAGCUGACUUUCAGGAGCAAAUCCUUCCUCUACAAACAGGUGCGGAGGAUGGCAGGUGCUCUGGUGGCUGUGGGGAAGGGCAGUCUCUCUCCGCUGAGCCUGAAGAAAGUGCUCGACGCCCAGGAUUCACGUGCCUAUCCCCAGGGCCUGUCUGCUCCAGCGCACGGACUGUUUCUCACCAACGUGGAGUACAGAGACACAGGUGAGUCUCACUCAGCCACGACUCACUUGUCUCUAAGACUUGUAGUUACACUUUUUGAUUCUUAUUCUUACUACUACUACUACUACUACUACUAAUAAUAAUAAUAAUGCUUUACAUUUGUGAAGUACUUUUACAGGCUUGUCAGAGCCUCUCAAAGCACUAUACUGUAUAUUCAUUUACUCUGAGCUAAUGUUGUUGUAGCCACAGCUGCCCUGGGGAAUUGAUCCUCUGACCUCCGAAUUAAGGGAGCACUCGUCUAACCACUGAGCCACUGUCACUUCAGAAUACGUUAACAAAUAAUCAGAGGUUUUAAAGUGUAAAGUGGUCCAAACUGAGUCUGACUUUUCCCUUUUCUUUCAGAUCUACAUUUUACAACGUCAGAAGAACAAAAUCUGUCUGAACUUUCCACAAACUCAAAUAAGGUUUCAUGAAAAUUAUACAUUUUAUAAUUUGUAUAUUUUGAAGAACAUAUUUAUAUCCAAACAGCACUGUACAGUGUUUUUGUUUUGCUUUUGUUUUUUUAGUAAAAUACUUCAAAACAA